AUGGACGAGCCAUCGGACUGGUCAUUUGACAACCUCAAAGACUUCCUCCCCCCGGGCACAACCACCGCCCUCGCCCGUCUCUACGCCCGCCUCCUCUCCCCCGACAUGUCCGACCUCUUCGACAAAGCCCAAGCCCAACUCUCCACCCACCUCUCCACCCUCCUCACAGCUCUCCAACCACUCUACACCGCGCUCGAGACCCAAUUCUCCAUCCUCCUCGCCUCGGCCCCUCCCGGCCUCGUCGCCGCAGGCACACUACUCCUCGUGGCCAUCGUGGUCAUACAGAUCCUCAGCAUCAUCCGUCGAUUGAUUCUUUUCGGCACGCGCCUCGUGUUCCAGCUGGUGUUUUGGGCGUGCGUCGGGUUGAUCGUGUCGGCUGUGUGGCAGCGGGGCGUGGGGCGCACGGCGCGGGAUCUGGCUGUUGUGGGUGGGAAGGUGGUUGGGUGGAGUGUGGGCGCUGCGGAGGUGUGGUGGGCGGAAUAUGAGAAGGCGCAGGCGGCUGAGAGGCAGGCUUCGACUUCGUCGUAUGGUGCGGGGAGGGCGGGAGGAGGACAGAGAGGGGGCCCGUCGUCGGGGUCGUCGGGGAGAGGUGGUGGGAGUGGGAAUGGAGGAGGAUGGUGGUGA